AGCCGACGGUCUGUGGAGCAGCCACUACCAGUCACACAAGCGGACAUGUUUGGCCGGCCUCUUGGUGAAGUGUAAACAUUCAUUUGAUUUUGCACGGUAAAGGAAUACGCAGCCGAGGCCGGGAACCAUGGACGCGGUCAAUGCAUUCAACCAUGAGUUGUUCUCCUUGAUGGAUUCAAAGCCCCCCAUCUCCCGGGCGAAAAUGAUCUCCAUCACCAAGUCUGCCAUCAAAGCCAUAAAGUUGUAUAAACACGUUGUUCAGAUUGUUGAAAAGUUCAUCAAAAAGUGUAAACCUGAGUACAAAGUUCCAGGGCUGUAUGUGGUCGACUCCAUUGUGAGACAGUCACGACACCAGUUUGGAGCAGACAAGGACGUGUUCGGGCCCAGGUUCACCAAAAACAUCACCGGCACCUUCGAGAAUCUCUGCUUGUGUCCGUCUGAAGACAAGAGUAAGAUUGUGAGGGUGCUGAACCUGUGGCAGAAGAAUGGCGUGUUCAAGAUCGAGGUCAUCCAGCCUCUGCUGGACAUGGCCACGAGGGGUGGAGGCUCGGCAGCGGUGGCGGAUAUGGACCCAGCAGGGCCUGACGGAGCCUCUCCCCCCACCCCAGUGCCAGACCCAGCGACCGUCUCGGAGCCUCACACCGCUAACGCCAACGUCACCUCUAACUCCAUCGCCGCCGCCGUGCCUCAGAUCCAGAACUCAGACGCCUUUGCGGCCGUAGCACAGCUCUUCCAAUCCAGCCAAGGACAGCAGCUCCAGCAGAUGCUUCAGACCUUCCAGCAACCCGGCAAGCCUCAGUCCCCAGCGCUCAGCAACAGCGUCCCCGUUCCAGUGCAGGUGCUACCCCCAGCCCAGCUCCACAUGCACCCCCACACGCUUCCCCCCGCCGUCCCUCUUCCUGCCGCCCCCAUCAUUUCUCCCGCUGCUGCCGUCAUGCCCCCCCACCCACCGACCAUGGCCGAGUCUGUUGAGAAAAAGGCCACGUUUGACCCAACACUCCUAGAUCGCUUCGACUACGAUGACGAGCCUGAAGGUGCAGACGAGACAAAGAAGGACGAGACGCCCUCGACACAGCCGGUCUUCGGUCACAUGGACAGCAUGGGUCAGGCUCAGCCCCAGCAGCAGCAGCAGCAGCAGCAGCAGCUCCGGCCAGGCUUCCCCCAGCAGCACCCCUCCCAGAUGCCCGGCAUGGAGCACUUCCAACAAGCCAUGAUGGGCAAGCCACACAACCCCACACAGCAGGUUCCUCUACCUCCCAAUGGGCAGCUCCAGGGCUUUGGCAUGAUGCCUCCCCAGCCCUAUCCAGGAAUGAUGGCCCCCAUGGGGCAGCAGCAGCAGCCAGGGAUGGCACACCCUCAGCAGGGAGUCAUGCCCCCGGGCUUCCCAGGGGGAUACCCCCCUCCCCAGAAUAACAACGCCGCCUUCCCUCAGCACAUGGCCCAGCAUCAACAGCAGGAUGGACCCGUGGGCAUGGACUCUCCUUCAGUGAAGGACCGAAGACAGUGGCCGGACAACAGGAGGUCUCACUCACGCUCAGGCUCCAGAUCGCCAAAGAGGAGACGUUCCCGCUCCAACUCGCGCUCCAGGCGGACGCGGCACCGGCGGUCGCGCUCCUCCUCCCGGGAGCGCCGGCACCACUCGAGAGACGAGGAGAGGAAGGACAGGGACCGCGUGCGGGAGAGGCGGAGCAAAGGGCUCCCUCCCCUCAAAAACCACACCCUGAGCGUGUGCAGCACUACGCUGUGGGUGGGACAGCUUGACAAGAGGACCCAACAGCAGGACGUAGCGUCUCUGCUGGAGGAGUUUGGACAGAUAGACUCCAUAAAUAUGAUUCCGCCUCGUGGCUGUGCCUACAUCGUCAUGGUCCAUCGGCAAGAUGCCUAUAGAGCCCUGCAGAAACUCAGCAGGGGCACCUUCAAAGUCAACCAGAAAGCCAUCAAGAUUGCAUGGGCACUGAACAAGGGCAUCAAAGCGGAGCACAAGCAGUUCUGGGACGUGGAGCAGGGGGUCACCUAUAUCCCCUGGAGCAAGAUGAGGCCAGAGGAUCUGGAGGACUGUAAAGAGGGGGGCAUGCUGGACACCGACUCCUUAUCGCCAGACUGGCCAGGUGCUAAGCAGCAUGAGCUGCAGGAUGGGACAGAUGAGGUGUCCCAGAACGGCCGAGUGGAAGCCAACCCAGGGGAGGACAAGCCAGGAGGCCCACCUGGACAGGUACCUCCAGGUCAGCCAAUGGGAGUGAUGGGCUCAGCACAGGGCCCGCCGCCGGGUUUCCCUGGGCCAGUGGGCAUGCCCCCUCCCAACUUCCCCCCAGGAGUGCCCCCUCCCCCCUUCAUGAGGCCUGGCUUCAACCCCAUGCACAUGCCACCAGGUUUUCUCCCAGCCGGUGCUGUACCACCCAUGGGUCCCUCUGGUCCCCCGCCACACAUGCCAGGGCCCGGCAUGCCCCCAGGCGGUGGUCCAGAGGAGCAGUCAGGUGACCUGAGGAACAGUGAGGGCUCUGAUGGAUACAACCCUAAUCAGCAGAUGGGUAACCAGGGUGCCCCUCCGCCAGGUGGCCUCUUGGGUGCAAGACCUGGCAUGAUGCCCCUGCAGCGGCCGCCCGUGAUGCCCCCUCCACACCUGCAGCGCUUCCCCAUGCCCCCUCCGCACCCCAACAUGCCCCCCAUGCCCCCCCAGAUGAUGCCCCGAGGGGGGCCACCGCAGAUGAUGCACCGCGAGCCUCACCCGGGGGGUUUUGGCAUGCCCCCGGGCCCUCCUCACCCCAUGAAGGGGCCUUUCCCCCCACCCCCGGGCGCUCCAGGGGGGCCUCCUCUGGGACCGCCUGGACCCGGGGGCCCCCCUCCUGGUCUUCCCGGGCCCCCCGGACACCCCAGACCACCCGGGCCACCCUUCAUGCGGCCGCCGGGGCCUAGGGGCCCUGGGCCAGAAGGGCCAGAUGGCAGGGACAUGAGGCCCUUCAGAAGAGAGGAGCGGAACCCCAACUUUAUCGGUCGAGAUCAGGAGCCCGACUGGUUCGGGGGACCAGGAGGACCAGGGCCUGGAGGACCAGGACCUGGGAGGCGGCCGUUUGGUGGCGAAGGACGGGGAGAUCGAGACCGCUCAGAGGGGAGGGAGAGGGAGAGGUUUGGGAACUGGCACGAUGAUGAACCACCACAGCAGCGAGAUCGAGGAGGUGGUGGCUGGGAAAGGGACCGAGAAAGGGACAGAGACAGAGAGCGAGAUCGUGACAGGGACAGAGAUCGAGACAGAGACAGGGAGAGAGGGGACAGAGGAGACAGGGAGAGAGGGGACAGAGACAGAGACAGAGGAGACAGGGAGAGGGGGGACAGAGACAGAGGAGAGAGGGACAGAGGGGACAGGGAGAGAGGAGACAGGGCAGAGCGGGAUCGGGACAGAGAUCGGGAGCGGGAACGAGAUCGCAGAGACUGGAGGCGGAGUCCUGAGGCAGGUGACCGGGGUGGUGGCGAGAGGGGAGGUGACACCAACAAGAACUCUAACAGCAGUGGUGCCACCUCCUCGUCCUCAGAGGAGCACGGUCGACCAGGCAGACGUGGCCGCGACCGAGAGCGCAGCUCCCGAUGGGACCGCGACGACUGGCUCAGGGGAGGGGACCGAGACAGGGGUGGGGACCGGGACCGGGACCGAGAACGGGACAGGGACAGAGGGGACCGGGACAGAGGGGAUAAGGACAAAGACAAAGAAAAGGACAAGAGCAAUGAGCAAGGCAGCAGCGCCCAAAAAACUUCGAACACUAACAGCAGCGGCGACGCCACAGAAGUACCGCCUCCUCCUCCUCUCUCAAAAGAGCCUGCCGCUGUCACCACAGAGCCAUCGCCUGCCAAGCAGGAGCCUCCCCCAUCACAGGAGAGCACGCAGGAGAGCUCUGGGGGGGAGAGGAGGAGUAGUACUGAGGAGGCGGAGGGUUCAAAACCCACAGCGGACCAGCAGUCACCACCAACAUUAAGCGACACCACAGAGGCUGCGGAGGCCUCAGAGUCGUAGAGCCAUGUCUCACUGCUUCAAGCUGUGUGAGGCGGACUGUCGCGGUCAAUGUGGACUAUGUGGACAGUGUGCAGAACAAUAAUAGCGUUUUCAGGCCGACCAGAACGGAGCGUUCGGCACUAAAGUGCUUAUCUGCGAACCACCCGUGUUCAUACCGGGCUCUGAACUUUUUCAGCACGUGACUGUGUUACCGGGAUGACCUGCUGGCGGCCACGUUGUCGUCACGGUUCGCGGAGAGAAAAAAAGAACUAUUUUGUGGUUUUGCGAACGCUAAAAUCUUUGGCGUGAACACAACGGCUGGUUCGCAAGUAGGUGCAGGAAUGGCACCAGCACGGUUCUCAGUCGGCCUGAAUGCGCUAUAUGUGAGCCUCUCGAGAGCCUUCCCUCACCUCUGGGACUCCAUGAAAUCCCCAUAUCCUGCUGAGCUGAGAACGAAUGUCGGUCAGAUAGCUUAACAAAACUAAACAUUAAGUGUAACAAAAAAGAAGAAAUGGUAACAGUUCAUUUUAGGGGUUACUUUGCUACUAAUACAUGCCGUGCAAACAGUCUGUAUAAGUGAUUUCUAAGACGUGUUGAAGCCAUACUUCAUCAUUUCUGGAAAUAACCUAGUUGGUACCAUAUGAUUACCGUAUAUGAUGAUUGCUUGCUUGGGACCUGACAUAAUUUCACUAAACUAAGAGAACAGCUUGAAGAUUUCCAUAAAUGCUGGCAUAUGGCUGUAAGCAAUUUGUUAGAUAUGUUUUCACGAAUUUCUUGUCGUAUAAAUUCCUUGCCAAUGAGACAUUUUUUAUUGAUAUAAUCAUAAUAGGACCUAGUAGGCCCUUGAUUUUGCUUAACACAUGGUUUAUAAACCACUGAUACAGACAGUAAUUAUGCAUAUAUUGGUGGCUAGCAUGUGAACCGUAAAAUAAAGUGUUACAAAAGAAACAAGUAUGUUAUCAAGAGAAGCAAAAGAAAAAAAUGUCUAUGCUGUAAAUAUGUUUGUAUUUUAAAAGUGUAGAUUUUUUGGAGCGAUGAAAUGUUUUUAUUCUUUUCCUCUGGGUUUUAAAUACAGACGUCAACUCUAAAUAUGAAAAUAAUGCCCUUUUUUGUUGUAAUGUUUUAUGACCGAAGUGUUUACAUAUUGCAGAACUUUCUAUCAUUUUUAAGCAACAGAAGGAGAAAUCAACCCAAGAAAUAUUUCGCAAAAAAAAUCAGCAAUAGUGUUUGGAUGAAUAAACUAUUUUCAUACCAAAA